AAUGGGUCAGAGCUGGGGCUGGGAGCCUGUUGCUGCUGGGCAAGACACUUUGGGGCAAGGCACUUGGAGCAGCGAUGCAUGAGGGAAUUAGGGAAAUAAUCUGUCGCUGUUGAUCCCAGAGGCGGGAAUUUGCAGCGUCGUGCCAGGCCCCAGGCGCGGAAGAGGGGGAGAGCCAGGCCAGCGGACGUGUGAGCGGAGCUCCCAGCUGGAAUGCACCAGCUCAGCAAGGGAUUGUCCUCCCUGGGCCAGGCAGGCGCUGCGUCCUGAGCCUGGUGCCCGUGACAGCUGCCCGGGACAUGGCGGCGGCAGACAGCACCUCAGCCACCCUCCGGCGCCGUGACCUGUGCAGCCGAGGCAUCCGCCUAGCUGGGAAGAUGCGGUCGGAUGUCGUCGACCUGCUGGACACCUACGUGGAGCGGCAGGGCUUGGACGCCUCAGCCAGCGUGGCGGCAGUGGAGGGGGUACCAGCGGCGGCGGUGGAGCACUGGGAUGAGCAGACAGGGACCCAGCGGCUGCUGGAGAACCUGGCAGCGUACCGAGCCUUCCGUGCCCUGCUGGCCCAGAUGCUGGAGGAACAGCAGGAGCAGCUGGGUGAGGCUGACACUGCCCUGGGCCGGGCACUGGCAGCCGUCCUGCUCCAGGUGUCAGCCUUCACCUACCACCUUGAGGAGCUGCUGCAGCUGGAGAGCCGCGGGCCCCCCAGCGAGGAGGGGGCCGGGCCUCCCCCAUCCACGCACCUCAGCCUCUUCGAGAGGAAGCUGCGGGGCCUGGGGGUGCUGCGGGAGCUGGCCCAGUGGGCUGUCAGGUCCACACGGGACCUGCGGCAGCUUGCCAAGCCCAGCCCGGGCAGCAGCUCAGCCGCCAGCCUGGCGGAGAGCCCUUGAAGAUGGAAACUGCCUCAGGGCUCUUGUGGAGGCAAGGCAGAAGUGAAGGGACAGAAAAAUAUCACCUGGUGAAAGGAGUCUUGCGACCUGCCCCCCAGCUGCAAGACACAAGGCUUCACCUCCUUCACAUGGACUCUUUUCACCAACCUGGCUUGCAUUUUCUGUGCAUCGAAUUUCUGCUCUAACUGCUUGGGGGCUUUUUUGGGAGGGGGGACUCCAGGGGCAUGAUUAAAAGGGGAUUUCUUAACCACUUGGACAAAGUAAUGGAGAGGAUCUUUUAACUGAAGGCUGUGAUUCUGAAGACCUUUUGCAAGGAGGUUUGUGUCUCUAGUGGUUAUUUUGGGACUGGAAACAGUAUGGAGGACUAAACAGUCCCAACCACAUCACUCACCCUGUGCAGGGGAAUGCUGCAAGUUUUUGCAGCUGCCUGGGCUAUGAUUUUCUUGCUGAAUGGAUGUGGUGGCUGCUGGCUGCCAAGCAAAUAAAAGGGCUGGGAGAUUUAC